AUGUUCUCCCCAGCAUGUGUCAUGAUGAUGAUGAUGAUGAUAAUAUUGGCAUCACUACAGCCAAAUGUCCAUGGUUACAGAAGUUGCAUCGAAAGCGAAAGGAAGGGCUUAUUGGAGCUCAAGGCCUAUGUGAACAACAAGUCCGAGUUUCCAUAUGAUUGGCCUAAUGACAUGAACAGUGACUGUUGCCGGUGGGAAAGGGUCAGCUGUGAUCUAACCAGCGGACGUGUGAUCGGUCUUUUCUUGACUGAUAUAGAUUCUCCUCCCCUAAAUCUUUCCUUGCUCUAUCCCUUUGGAGAACUACAGACUCUAAACUUAAGUAAUUUCUGGUGUAGAGAGUGGUUCGAUGAUAUCCAUGGUUAUAAAAGUCUCGGGAGACUGAAAAAUCUUGAGAUCCUGGAUCUUAGUGGAAACGGCUUCAAUAAUAGCGUCUUACCCUUUUUUAAUGCCGCUUCAUCGCUUAGAACUUUGAUUCUUCGUGGAAACUUGAUAACUGCUAGUUUUCCAAUGAAUGAACUAAAAAACUUGAGAAAUCUAGAAGUGCUAGAUCUAAGCCUUAACAUGUUCAUUGGCCCUUUACCAGGCUUGUCGGAUUUGCAUAGGCUCCAAGCCUUGGAUUUAAGCAAUAACGACUUCUCUGGAUCAUUGCAAAAAGAAGGACUUUGUCAACUAAAGAAUUUGCGGGCGCUUGAUCUGAGUCAAAACUACUUUACAGGUCCAUUUCCUCAGUGUUUCGACAGCUUAAUCCAGCUCGAAGUUCUUGAUAUCUCUUCAAACCAAUUCAAUGGGACGCUUCCAUCUUUUAUGAGUAAUCUCAAUGCUCUUGAGUACUUAUCACUCUCAGAUAAUGUGUUCGAAGGAUUCUUCUCUUUUGAUUCAAUAGCCAACCUCUCGAAGCUAAAAGUCUUUAGACUUUCAUCAAGAUCGAGUUUGUUCCACACAGAUUUAGAAAUCCCCUGGCAACCGAGGUUUCAGCUAAGUAUCAUUGAGUUACAGUAUUGCAACUUGGGAACGGUUCCUAUCUUUCUUCAACAUCAGAAAGAUUUGCGUCUGAUUAAUCUCUCAAACAACAAGUUGACUGGAGAAUUACCUUCUUGGCUUUUGGAGCAAAAUCCAAAACUUGGGGUUUUGCUUUUGCAGAACAACUCUUUCACCAUGCUUAAGUGGCCAAGACUACUACUUAAUCACAGCUUGAAAGUUUUGGAUUUAUCAACUAACAAAUUUUCUGGACAGCUUCCCAAUAAUAUUGGAAUGGUACUUCCUAAUCUAAGACACUUGAAUCUCUCUAAUAAUGGUUUUCAAGGGAAUCUUCCAUCCUCUUCCGGAAAGAUGAACAUGCUUCAGUUCUUGGACCUAUCUCAUAAUUAUUUAUCUGGCAUUCUACCAAGAAAAUUCCUCAUGGGUUGUUACUCAUUGCGUAUCUUGAAGCUUUCACACAACAGAUUUAGUGGUGUAGUUUUUUCAGAACAAGCAAACUUGACAUCGUUGAGCUUUUUCAAGGCGGAUAACAAUCGGUUUACUGCGAUCGCAGCUGGAUUGAGUCGUUCGAAUGGUCUAUUAACGCUCGACAUGUCGAGUAAUUAUCUACAAGGUGUCAUUCCAAGUUGGUUUGGUGAUUUUUCUUUCUGGUAUCUUUUGGUUUCAGGUAAACUUUUAAAUGGUGCAAUACCAAGAACCAUGUUCAACAAAUCUACUACCAUUGCACUUUUGGACCUCUCUAGGAACAAGUUUUUAGGGAAUCUGCCAGAGUGUUUUAACUGCAAGCUGAUGUUUCUUAACGACAAUGAGUUCAGUGGGGUGAUUCCUAAUACAUUCUUACAAAAUGUUGAGGUGCUUGAUCUUCGAAAUAACAAUUUAUCCGGCAAGAUUCCACGCUUUGUCAGCAACGUGUUCAUCAAAUAUCUUCUGUUGAGGGGUAACAGAUUAACAGGUGAUAUUCCCAAGGAUCUUUGCAGUCUAAGUAGCAUCAAGAUUUUGGAUCUUGCCAACAACAAACUGAAUGGAUCUAUACCUUCAUGUCUCAACAAUGUAUCAUUUGGAAGGAGCUUAAGCCAUGAGACUGAUGUUUUCUCAGCAAUCUUUGGCCUUGGUUUGGAUAUUGAAGUGGGAGCGUAUUCAGGGUCCUUGGAUUUACAACCUGAGUUUAAUCCACCAUAUAAUAGCGAUCUCAAGUUCAUAUUUGAAUUUGCAUCAAAGAGUAGGUAUGAUUCUUACAACGAAGGAAGUUUAGACUAUAUGUUUGGACUGGAUUUGUCAAACAAUGAACUCAGUGGUGAAAUUCCUGGAGAGCUGGGAGAUCUUCAUAGAAUACGUUCUUUAAAUCUGUCUCACAAUUCCUUGUCAGGUCUAAUACCUAAAAGCUUCACCAAUCUAACAGAUAUAGAGAGCAUUGAUCUUUCUUUCAACGUCUUGCAUGGAUCAAUAUCUCAAGAUCUAGGCAAGUUACACUAUAUGGUUGUAUUCAAUGUGUCCUACAACAACCUGUCAGGCUCCAUUCCAAGUCAAGGAAAAUUUUCAACCUUGGAUGAAACCAACUACAUUGCUAAUCCUCUUCUCUGUGGACCAGCCAUAAAUACAAGUUGUGAUGAUAGCAAGAGCACUAUCGGGUUCUUUGAACCCGAUUCUCAAAACGAAGAUGAGGACACAACAGUUGAUAUGGAAAUUUUCUACUGGAGCCUCGCAGCCACGUACGGUGUAACAUUGAUGACAUUCAUUGUGUUUCUUUGUUUUGAUUCACCUUGGCGCCGAGCAUGGUUUUGUCUUGUUGAUGCUUUUAUCAAUUUAUUCAAAUGUGUUUAA